CUGGAUUGUGUGUGUGUGUGUGAUUCAAUUUCUUUCAAUUCCGAAGAGAAAUGGCGUCGUUGGUUCCAGCUGCCUCUGCAAUAACUGCAGCAGCGGCAGCUUCUGCAUCCAAAUCGACGACUUCAUCGUCAUGUUUGCCCUUUGAACCACGCCAUUGCUGCCAUUCGAUGGUCUUGUUUCACCUUACGUCGAAGCCGAAGCUUAGAUUUUCGACCAAGGGUCAACUAUCUACUUGGAAUCAUUCCACGGUGGUCAAGGCCCAAUCAAAUGAGGUUUCUGUCGAUGGAUCCCCAAAUGACACCGCAACUUCAGCAACCAAAUUGGAAGUACCGGCAUCAGAGGAAAAGAAUGCUAAGCCAGUGAAGGAGCCGUCUCAUGCAGCUUUGGCCACAGAAGAAUCACUCUCUGAGUUUAUAAAACAAGUUUCAAGCCUUGUGAAGCUAGUCGACUCUAGGGAUAUUCAGGAGCUGCAGAUGAAGCAACUCGACUGUGAGUUAAUUAUUCGUAAAAAGGAGUCCUUGCCUCAGCCACCAUCUCCUGCUCCUAUGGUCAUUAUGCAUCCUUCCUCUCCACCACCUGCAGCUGCACCUACACCUUCUGCCCCUGCUCCUUCUUCAACCUUAGCCCCUGCACCCUCUCCACCUCCUGCUAAGUCACCCAAGUCAUCGCUUCCUCCCCUUAAAUGCCCCAUGGCAGGAACAUUCUAUCGGAGCCCAGCACCUAGUGAGCCUCCAUUUGUGAAGGUUGGGGACAAAGUUCAGAAGGGACAAGUCGUGUGCAUCAUCGAAGCCAUGAAAUUGAUGAAUGAAAUUGAAGUAAGGCUGAUCUCAUUGCUACCAUUUAGCUAAACACUUGACAUAAACAACUUUUUUUAGCAAAUUGCUUUCCCUUU